UUCGAUACAGUGUUUCGAAUACGAACGACUUAGUCACGGAAAGUGACAAGAGAGGGUUCCUGCUUUUAUUAGCCUCCAGCGCAGGCCUGCAAAACUUCAACUUCCAGUCUACAAGCUGGCCUUCGCCCUGCCUGCCGGAUUUAUCAAAGCCGACCUCAUUAGGGCUUCUCAAACGCGUGGAAUUAAUGCGGAUUGUGACGACUAAGCACCUGAGAGUGCCAAUGGUCGCAUUUAAAGAUGGCAUCCAAAGGCACAAUCGCUCCAAUGCCAGUCAUCCGCGAGGAGGAGGAUUGGGAAGAUGCCUCCUCCUCGUCGGAUGACGACUACGACGAAGACGAGGACGAAAACCUCGAUCCGCCGGAGGACCUGCUCCUCCCCCACGAGAGGACUCGCCCGCCUUCUCCUCCCGCUCACUCGGCCCGACUCCGCCUCAUCUACCACUCGAGGGCGUGGGAGACGCAGGUCUACAUGCUGAAGGAUGGCAAGGCUCUCAAGGAGCGAUCCUCCUACCAGAAGUUGAGCGAGGGAUUUUUCGCCGCCGACGAAUUUGCCACGCUCCUCAGCCACUGGUCCAACGCGCUCCACGAGCAAGUCCAAGAGAUCCUAGGAGACGACCACCCCUACCUCUCGCGCCUCGUACUCCCGGCCGCGCCGCGCCAAUUCAAGCUCAUCAAAGGCAUGGACGGCUCCAGCCACCUUCCCGAUCAGCUCAUCGAGCCGUUUCCCGAAAUGCAGGGCAGACUCGUGAUGCAGAGAAUGCGACCCAUCAAGCCGACCAUCAUCCGCAUUAUCAUCGACCGUACCGUCGGCCGCGACUUCCAGAAAGAGGCCCUUAUGAUGCCAGAGAAUUACAACCUCCAUCCGAAGAUCUGGCUUGGCUUGGUGCAGCCCCCCGAGGUCAGAGAGAUGCUCAAAGAACACCCGAACCUUGCUACGCGACCAGCCUACCUCGACCAGCUCCUCAAGUUCAUCGGUCGCCCCGGCGUCCUCGAGCUCGCGCGCAAGAUGGGUACCGCGCUCGCCAUUAUUCACCACGAUCUACAGAAGGACGCCCGUAACGUCAAAUUCCGGCUGGCGUACGAUCCUAUGCAGGACAAGCCGCAGCUCUGGGUUUGCGGAUUGGGAAACAUGGACGAUUUGGCAACCAAUGGGAACGACGACGGCUUCAUGGGAGAUCCGGCUGGAUACAUCUAGGAGAACGAGCGGUUCUUCCCGCGACCUGGCGUUGGCCCUGGUAUUUUUGACGCGUUCUGGGCGGCAUACUUGAUUGUCAGCGAGGCUAUCAUUCAGUGGAAGGAGGACAUUGCUCCGGAGGGAUCAUAUCGGGAUCAGGAGUUGAGGAAGUUGCUCAUGGAGGUUUUGGUCGCGCGUCUCAAGACGCUU